UACAAAGAAAACCGAAGAAGAAAUAUCUCCAACAGUCGUGUUGUCAUAAAUGUACAUUACAGCCUAUAAUUUCUUAAUGAAUGUAUUCCGAAGCUUCUAGAAGGUCCUAGGUGGUUAGGUGUGCAGCAGACCGUCCACCUGCGGCUCCCUGAACCAUGGCGGCCUCGAGGCUACCGCGCGCGGCGCUCUCUCUGAAACAGUACCUGCAGCGGCAGAAGGUUCUGGGGCUCUACAGAAGCAUGCUGAGGACCAUCAGGCAGGUACCGGACGAGGCGGACAGGAAGUACCUGCGAGACUGGGCCCGAGACGAGUUUCAAAGAAACAAGAACGCGAACGAUCAGGACGCCAUCCGCAUGAUGAUCACCCAGGCCAGCAAGCAUCUGGAGGAGCUGCAGAAGUCUCUGGCACUGGCUCAGAGUUAGAAACAGCUGCGAGAGGACUGUUCCACACUGCAGACCAUCAGGACUUCUGUUGAACUGCAAACACAGACAGUGAUGGAGAGGCGUGCCGAGGUCUCUGAUUGGAUGAAAGCAGCCUGAAUAUUCAUGCUGGGUCUGAUAUGGUACAGUUCUGCUCAUAGUGACCCUGCAGGUCACACUAUGACUGAAUAAAUAAAUCAAACACAUCCAGUGGUAAUUAUUUUUAA